AUGGACGCUUUCAGAUUGUUGACUCGGUCAACUAAAUUGAAGCCUGCUUCUACCAGCGCAGACUCGCGUCUGCCAUCAACUGGAAAAGCGGCCAACCCGCAGCUCUUCCGCUCCGCGGAGACCGACGAGCUCGAGGCCCAGAAUGGCAAAAAAAGAAAGAGAGGCGCUGUCCCUCAGCAGGACGAAGAAGAUAUCCCCGAUCUCAACUUCUUCAGCUCAAACAAGCGUCCUGCCACCAGCGUGACGGAGGCUGCGGUUGCGACCGAGCAAGAUGCCGCAAAGGCUCCCAUUCAAGAUGUAUCAGAUGAGGCCGAGUCUAUGGAUGAAGUCCAGCGUCGUACGAUCUUGAACUCGCACAAAAUCAAAGUGACAGACAUGCGCGACUUGGAAGAAAUCCAGGCUCAGUCAGAAUCUGCCACGGAUUCCAAAAAGAAAAAGAAGAAGUCUAAGAAGGAGGAAGCGCCUGUUCUUAGCAAGAAAGAGCAGAAGCGCGCCAGACGCUUGUUCCCUGAGCCGCUGCUCAACUUCAAAGAGCUUCGCUCAAAAUACAAAAUCUCCUCGCGGCUCGCAGAGAACGUGGCAGAGCAAGGAUUCACAGUACCUACAGAAGUUCAGCUUGGGACACUUCCCUUGCUGCUCGGAGAGGCUUCUGAGCCGGAUCUUCUGAUUGUUGCGCCCACAGGCAGUGGUAAAACGCUGUCGUUCUUGAUCCCCGUGAUCAACAAAAUUGUUCGACACCACCACUCGAACCCCGAUGAGCAUGGCAUCCUGUCCAUUGUUGUGGCGCCUACUAAGGAGUUGGCGAGCCAGAUUGUCAAUGAGGGUCGCAAGCUGGUGGCUGGAACUGGUGUGAAGAUUACAUUGAUGAAAAAAGGCAUGCGUGUUGGUGAGAGCGGUGAUGCCGAUGUUCUUGAUGAGAAGAGCGACGAAUCAUCUGGAUCAGAAGAUGAGGAAGCCGAUAGCAAGCCAGCCAAGGAGCGAGCCAAUAUCCCGCUCACCAAGAGUGACAUCCUGGUGACCACUCCCCUGAUGCUAGUCAAUGCGCUAUCUGCGAAUCGAACAACGACAAUGGCAACCUUGCCUCUUGUGCGGAGUCUGGUGCUGGACGAAGCCGAUGUUCUACUCGAUCCGUUGUUCCGCGAGCAGACUCAAGAUAUCUGGAAAGCAUGCACUCAUCCCGACCUCCGAGUCGGUCUCUGGUCAGCCACCAUGGGAUCAAACAUCGAAGACCUGACCAAGUCAACUAUCAAAGAGCGUCAGGAAGAGCUCGGACAGAAGCCAAGCGAGGCCCACGCACUUCUUCGCUUGGUAGUAGGAUUGAAAGACUCUGCAAUUCCCAAUAUCGAACACAAACUCAUUUACGCUGCAACAGAGCAGGGUAAACUUCUUGGACUUCGACAACUCCUCCGCCCAACCGCAGCCUCUGCGUCUGAUGUCCGCCUCCGACCCCCCUUCCUCAUCUUCACCCAAACCAUCCCCCGUGCAGUGGCUCUCCACUCUGAAUUGAAAUACGAUAUUCCCGCCGAAGCAGGUGGCUCUUCUCGAAUUGCCGUUCUCCACUCAGAUCUCUCUGAUAUCCAACGUUCUGAGAUUAUGCGCGAUUUCCGCAAAGGAGAGAUCUGGAUUCUAGUCACCACAGACCUGCUCGCUCGCGGUGUUGACUUCCGCGGCAUCAACGGUGUUGUCAACUACGAUAUCCCCAAUUCAGCAGCUGUCUACGUGCACCGCGUCGGCCGAACCGGACGUGCAGGUCGCCAGGGUGGUAUUGCUGUGACAUACUACACCAAGGAAGACAUUCCCUACGUGAAGAGUAUUGCGAACAUCAUUGACGCGAGUGAGAAGCUACGCGGCAAAGAAGGUGACAAAUCUAUUCAGAAAUGGCUCUUGGAUGCUCUGCCGAACUUGAGCAAGAACAGCAAGAAGGACAUGAAGAAGCAUGGAGUUGAGGCUCGCCGUGCGCCCAGAUUGAAUGAUAAGGACGACGACGGAAAGGGUGCUCGUGGUAUGAGAAUUAGUACAAAGAGUGGCUUUGAGCGCCGCCUUGAGAACAAGAAGAAGGGCGCUAUUGCAGCCAGUCGAAGCAGAAAGGCCGCUGCCGCUGAUGGUAAUGUCAGCGAUGCUGGUAGCUGGGCUGGGCUGGACUAA